GUACAGCCCGGGACCACCGCACCUCAGCGCUGUCACGCCCGCAGCCUCCCCUCUCUCCUCCUCCAGGAACCCGAACUCCUCGUCCAGAGAUGCCCCGCUAUGAGCUGGCUUUGAUCCUAAAAGCCAUGCAGAGGGGUUGGUACAGUAGGCCUCACUAGACUUAGCUGCAACUAAGAAUUUCUCCUACAUCAACCAAGUUAAUGGUGAUGCUCUUGUGGAUUGGCGAAUAAAAGUGUGCGCUAAGUAUUUAAGAAGCGGAGAAAACAGUUUUUGUCUUCUCAGAGUUGUACCACAACACCUACCAUCAAGAUAGCAAACCAAUCGACAAAGAAUUUGAGCCACAGUGUUUGUAGAACUAAACUGGUUUGUCUUACUAAGGCUUGAGGUCUGUGUCCCGGACGUCGGCAUUUGGAAAUUAUUUUGUUUACAAAAAUGAGGGCGGCUUUGGAACCAGCAGACAUUGCCAUUGUGGCUCUGUAUUUUGUGCUUGUGCUAUGCAUAGGCUUUUUUGCCAUGUGGAAAUACAAUCGAAGCACUGUAAGUGGGUACUUCCUGGCAGGGCGAUCUAUGACAUGGGUAGCAAUUGGUGCUUCCUUGUUUGUGAGCAACAUCGGGAGUGAACACUUCGUUGGGCUUGCUGGAUCUGGAGCAGCAAGUGGAUUUGCUGUAGGGGCAUGGGAGUUCAAUGCCUUAAUGCUUUUGCAGCUCUUAGGAUGGAUCUUCGUUCCAGUCUACAUAUGUUCUGGAGUAUACACCAUGCCAGAAUACUUAUUCAAACGUUUUGGAGGGCAUAGAAUUCAAGUAUAUUUUGCUAUGUUGUCUCUAAUUCUGUAUAUCUUCACCAAACUUUCAGUGGAUUUGUAUUCAGGUGCAUUGUUUAUUCAAGAAUCGCUAGGCUGGAACCUUUAUUUGUCAGUUAUACUGUUGAUUGGAAUGACUGCAUUGUUGACUGUGACUGGGGGUCUUGUGGCAGUCAUCUACACAGACACUGUUCAAGCUUUGCUUAUGAUUAUUGGUGCCCUCACACUUAUGAUCAUAAGUAUUACUGAAGUUGGUGGUUUUGAAGAGGUUAAAAGAAGGUACAUGUUGGCAUCACCAAAUAUUACUUCAAUCUUGUUGACAUACAACCUUUCCAAUACAAAUUCUUGUCAUGUUGACCCAAAGCCUGAUUCAUUAAAAAUGCUGCGAGAACCAACUGAUGAAGAUGUUCCUUGGCCUGGAUUCCUUUUGGGACAGACCCCAGCUUCUGUCUGGUACUGGUGUGCUGAUCAAGUCAUUGUUCAGAGGGUUUUAGCAGCAAAAAACAUUGCUCAUGCCAAAGGAUCUACUUUAAUGGCAGGUUUUUUAAAGCUUUUACCUAUGUUCAUUAUAGUUGUUCCAGGUAUGAUUUCACGAAUACUGUUUGCAGAUGAGAUUGCAUGCAUCAAUCCAGAACACUGUAUGCAAGUCUGUGGAAGCAGAGCUGGAUGCUCUAACAUUGCCUAUCCACGUUUGGUGAUGAAGCUUGUUCCUGUUGGCCUGAGAGGACUUAUGAUGGCUGUAAUGAUUGCUGCACUCAUGAGUGAUUUGGAUUCUAUAUUUAAUAGUGCCAGUACCAUUUUCACCCUUGAUAUCUACAAGCUCCUCAUUCGUAAGAAUGCAUCAUCUAGAGAACUGUUGGUUGUAGGAAGAGUUUUUGUUACCUUCAUGGUUGUGAUAAGCAUUGCUUGGGUUCCAAUUAUAGUGGAAAUGCAAGGAGGCCAAAUGUAUCUCUAUAUACAAGAGGUGGCAGACUAUUUGACUCCACCAGUGGCUGCUCUGUUUCUCUUGGGUGUAUUUUGGAAGCGUUGUAAUGAGCAAGGAGCCUUCUAUGGUGGAGUACUUGGAUUUGUGUUGGGAGCUGUGCGAUUGAUAUUAGCAUUUAUCUAUCGUGCCCCUGAAUGUAACCAAGAGGAUACGAGGCCAGGCUUUAUCAAGAAUAUCCAUUACAUGUAUGUUGCUACUGCACUCUUUUGGAUCACUGCAAUUGUGGCUAUAACAGUAAGCCUUCUUACACCACCACCUUCAAAGGAACAAAUUCGGACCACAACAUUCUGGUCUGUGAAAAACAAGACUGCAAAAGAAUGUCCUUCAGUAGAGAAUUCAUUCAAAACACAAGAGAAGUCCAUCUUAAAAUACAGUGAAAGGCCCAAACAUAUCUCCUCAAAUGGGAAAUCUGAAGAAAAUGGUAAAAAUGAUCAGCCUGAAAAUGUCAAUCUUCUAAUUACUUGCCGAGAUGACAGCAAUCCAGUAAUUUCUGUAAGUAACUCUGAGGUUGAGACGCCUGUUGAUUGUUAUUCUAAUGGGCAAGCAGCUCUUAUGGGUGAAAAGAAGACUGAGGAAGAAACUGAGAGAAGUGAUAAACACUGGAAAUUCAUAGACUGGUUCUGUGGCUUUAAAAGCAAAAACAUGAACAAAAGAGCCAUCCAAGAAAAGGUGGAAGAAGAGACAAUUGGUCUACAAAUGCUGGAAGAGACUCCAAAAGUUAAAUUACUACUAAAUACUGGACUAUUCUGUGUGUGUUCACUUGGAAUAUUCAUGUUUGUUUAUUUCUCUUUGUGAACUAAUUAUGAUGUUUAAGAGUAUGGUCAAACAUACAGAAGUAGAUAAAAGUUUCUGAAGAAAUAUUUGUGUGUGUGUUGCAUCUCAGGCAUCUUCUAACACUAUUAUUGUAAGUCAAAUUGUUGCAACCAAUUUUUAAAAAAACAUUAGUUUUUUUAAAAAUAUCCUUGCAAUUCUGCUUGAAUGCAGAAUGUUUGGGGGAUUUAGUGAAGUACUACAAAUUGAGAAUAUACCAAAGUAAGAAAUAUUGUGUGUUAAAAGGUGGAAUGUUGAAGCAUACUAUCAAAAGUCCAGCAUAAGUGAAGAAAACAUUAGAAUAUUAACACUCUAACAAGAUUAUAACUAUACAGUUUGAAGAGUGGUCGAGAAUAUUUUUGAAUAUAAGGAGAUUUUAAAUUCUGGGAUAUCCUAAUAAAAUAAUUUCUUGCUAAUUUCUUUCCCCUCAUCCCCAGUUCUUCAAAUACCCGAUCUUGGUGUGUUUCCAACAAAAACAAGUGUUCAAAAUGAAUGUUACCUGAUUGCUGGUAUUUCAAACGGUUGCACUAAACCUGCAGCUAUUGCUUCUCCUUUCUAGAUAAAAAUGAAAAAAAGUUGAUUAUAUUUUUUAUUUUAUUUUAUAUGUUGAAGCCUCAAUAGUAAUGAAUAAAAUACGGCAUCUACACAUAAAUGUAGAUGUAAAGUUAUGUGGAGAUAAUAGUUCAGAUGGUAAAGUGGAAGAGAGGAGACUGAUUUGUUUAUUUCCUUAAAUGUGUAUGGAAACAAAAUGCAUUUCUUGAACAUGUGGAGUUUCUUCAUAUUGCAUUUUGCUUGUUAAAAACAUACUGGGUUGCAGUCUGUCUCUUCACAAUAGGUAUCAUCCAGACGGCUGCUGGCACAACACGCAAGGCAUCUUCUAGGGGUGUGCACAGUAGGGAUGUGCAUAUUCGGUGGUCCUUUUCUGGACUGCCUAUCCAGUUUGAAGGUUUGGCAAUAGAGGGGUUACCUUUAAGGAGAAGGAAGGGUGCUCUCCCCCCCCCCCGCAUUUUCCCCGCUGGUGCUGUGUCCAGAAUUGCUGGGGUGGGGUAGCAGUGUACCUCCUUGCCACCCCAGUCAGCGUCAAACUGUUUGAUGCUGACCAGAGUGGCAAGGAGGUAUGCUGCUGUCCCGCACCAGCAAUUUUGGACACAGUGCCAGCAGGAGGAACACAGUGGGCAGGGUGGGGGUGGGUGAAGGAACUUCUCUGUUCCUUAAAGGUACCCCCCCCCCGAACUGGCCAUCUGCUGGUUCAUGCACCUCCCUAGGGCACAGAUCGGUUCAUGCAGUUCCAUCGUGAACCACUCUGAACUGGAUCAAGCUGGUUCAUUGUUUCAUCCGGACCAGCCGGUUGGUCCAACAAACUGGUUCAUGGAGUGGACUGAAUCACUGCAUGCAGUCCGUGCACACCCCUAGCAUCUUCCUCACCAUCUUUUCUCUGCUGAACUUCUUGAGCUCCACCGCAAAGCUUUUCCUGUCAUUUGGGGAAACUUUAACAGUCUGAAAUGUGGCAUGGAGGUCCACUGGGGGAAGGGGAGUACCUGGAAGUGGAGCAAAGUGAUACCUCUGCUAGCAGUUCCCAUAGUAGGUUUUCAAUACUUCCCGCUCCCUUGCAGGCCCCUGUGUGGAAUCCUGCACUGUUGCCAGAGGUCCCCUGAUAUUGAACAGCCUUUGAGGGGGCUUAGGGAGCUUUUGUAGAGAGGAGGAAAGAUGGGGAAGAUGCCUUGUUCUUGCACGUGUUUACACCUGUAGUACUCAUAAUUGCUAUCCAGACUAUAUUUUGAGAGGAAAGAACCUAGUGCCUCCUUCACGCAAACAGCCUCAAAGCUUCUAUGAAGUCUGUUUUUCAAGUACAGCUGGAUGUUGAACGCAGAGUAGUGAUUUGUAUGUAACUGUUUGGAGAUUGAUAUAGAAGCAACAAAUGGCACAAGUCUGUCAAAGAGUCUGUAUUGGAAUUGGGAACAGUGCUAUUGUUCACCUCUUUUUCUGAUUAUUUUAUGUGGGUUUAUUUUUCUUGAGGGGUAGGUGAGAACAGAGAGGGAGAGGGAGACUUACCUUUGCUUCCAGAAAAGCUCCUCCCAUUUCCAAGGCAUACGUACUCUUUCAUGUUGAGGAUAAUAUAUGUUAAGGUCAUCAUGAAAACUAUUGAUUCUUAAGUAACACCGUAGUUAUCAGAUUUAAACGGAAGUAUACCAGCAUAAGUGUCCAUGGAUUGUGAACCAAGGUAGCAGUCAAGCACCAUUAUUAUGAGCAAGUUUAGAUUUCUGGGGGAGAUUGCUUUACCAGUUAUUUUCUAAUGUUGCUCAUAAUUUGCGCCUGUCUGGAGAGUUUAUCCAUCAGGAUUGGGGCAAAAGGCCCCAAUUUAGCAAGAAAUGCAUGUGCAUUCUUGCAGUUGUGAGGGCUGCUAUCUCAAAUCUAAUGAUAGAUACAUGUCUUCUCCUACUUAGUUUUAUACCUCACCACUGCUCAGCCCAGAAGAGCUCCUGCAGCAGCUUACAACAUUCUAGAAGAACUAAAAAUAGCAAAUAAUAGGCAAAUAUUAUUGGUAAUGUUGUCAUCCUUAAUCUAUUGCUCUGCAAUUUCCCCCAUAGUAUCCAUGGAACAAGUUGCUCAGUCAGGUGACCUUUUUCUUACAACAUGCUGGUAGAUUAUGUUCUACUGAACUGUUUGCUCUUAAACUUGUUUAACUGAUGUAAUUUAAAAAAUGUAAUGCACUAAAGACUAAAUGGCUUUGUUCAUGGCAAGUACAUGAAUUGAGAGCUUCCUUGUGCACUUGGCCAAGAGCCUACUAAAAUCAGUGGCUUCCAUGGCCAAAGGGAAUGAUGAUGCCAACUUUGGGGUGUGAAUAAUUACAAUUGCUGUUAAGGUGUUGCUGUCUAUUGCUGGGAUUUCCAGAGAUGGUUAUGUUGAGUGCAUUGUGAGCUGUCGUGCUGGUGGGCUAGCUCAGGGAUCUGUUGUUUGGCUCUCACCCUUCACUCCUCCCCAAGAUGCCUUGUAUAGAUUAAGCCAUGUUCUAGGCCUUACUGCCACAUUUAAAAUAGCAAUGUCUAAUACUCCCUCUAUCCUAGUCCCAACUAAGUACUUAUGCAGUAUUAUGAACGUAUAUGGCACAGUUUGUUUUGGAUUGGUUUUAAAUUAAUCUAUAAUGCAACACAGCCAUAUUUUCAGUGACAGUACAAUGCAUAUGUUCCUAAAUAUUGGACCAUUUCACAAAUUAAACACCAAUCAAAACUUUGCCACAAUGCAUAGAAAAUUUUUCGUUAACCUUUUUGGGCCUUCUGAAAAAAGCGUGCAUUCCCUAAUAGUCUGCACAUGAUAUCUAUAGCCUACAAUAUUAUCUGUCAUAUUUAGGCUGAUUUUUGAUGUCUUCUCAUGCUUUUUUUGGCAAAUGCUUACCUCUCUUUGCUUCUGGGAUUUCCUGCUACAGUAUGUUGCUAGGUUCCAACCGAGAGACUGCCUGACACAAUGUUGGAGGCAGUGAGAGAAUAUACAACUUUGUCACCUCUUCCUUGGCUAAUGCAUGCUGUGCCAGGGGAAGCUAUAGGUCUGGUUGCCACAGUUGGGAAAUGAGGGUGAGUAAAGACACUGCAGGACCAGUGAGUUGUAAGUACUGUUGCUAAAUACUGUAUCUUACUGCUGUGUCUGAAUUCUUAAAGUGACAGGCGGUCGCUCUGGGCUGGAACCUGGUAACCUUCUGCUACAUAGAUCAACAGCAGGCAUCUUAAGUGUAACUCUUAAUUCAGUGCUCCUGUGGUUGCAAGGACCAUAAUUUAAUCAGGCUUCUCAUUUUCUUUUCUUUAAAAAAAGUCCUAUUUCUUCUUCCUACUGAACAUUCCUCUUAUAACAUUUUGUAAUUAUUUUGUCUCCUUCAAAGUAAGAAAGUAAAUGUGUAGUAGCUUGUUACAGUGCCUUUUAGUAGCAAAAUAUAACCUUGUUAGGUUAGUGCAUCUCAUCUGUGAUGAAAAUACUUAGUUCUUGCUGAUUCUUUACAUUUCUACCUAUGCCAUGAUGGAGCAUUUAUAUUUUUCUAAAUCUUUCUCUUGUGUGUCUUUUUCUAGACUUAAACAGCAGGUUGUAGCCUAAGCAAACUAUUAAUGGCUGUUUAUAAUUUGUUUUGUUUUUAAAAGAAGACAUAGUAUGUAGAGCAAUUGAUAUCUCUAAAGAAUAAACAAAAUUCUGGGAGAAAGAAAUUUCCCAGAUUUGUAUGAUGCAACUUUAGCCUUGUUAAGGACAACUACAAGAAUAAUUACCCUCUAAGAAAAAUGUUUCAGCACAUAAUCUCAUUCCCAGCCAUAACAGUUAAUAGUAGACCCUGUUGGCAGUGUUGUGAACAGCUUUUAAUAAUGACCAUUUUUGAACUGUAAAAUAUUCUGGCUCUUCCCAUAAACCAUGUAAUUGAAUUGAGCAGAAUUUCUGACUUGGAUCUUAUAGAUGCCGUAUUACAAGUUAUUUGGUUACAUUCCAUAAAUAUGCCUCUAGGCCUGUGAUUUACAGUGUAGAUGGAAGGGAUUCUUGUUAGCUGUAGUGGUUUUUUGUUUUGUUUAGAGAUGUAGGUUUUCUGAAAAAUAUUGAAUUGGAAACUUUCCCACAAACAUGCAAAAUUGCUCUUCAUUUGCAUUAACACCCCCCACCCCCAAAUUGCUAUAUAAAUUUCCUGAUGUCCUAUGUGGAUUGUGAUCUGAUUUGGCUUGCUGUUUGGCAUUUAUACAGUAACAAAAUAAAACCCUACACUGUCUUUUAAUUCUUCCUCAGCAUUUCAACCACCCCACCCACCCCAGCAAUAAAACAGGACUUGAAAAAUCCUAGGCACCAGGGAGGCCUAGACAAGGAUAUUCAGAGGUGGAAUUAGUAAAUAACAUCUUUAUUUGUCCCAGACAGCCUACUUCUGUUCUACAUAUAUAACUUGUAAAAGGAAUAAAAAGAGAACAAUUUCCACCACCACCCCCAACAUCCAUCACAAAGUCCAGUACUUUCAUCAAGUGUCCGUUGUCUUGCUCCUGAAUUUUUGGGCUGGUUCCUCGAGCCAAGAAAAUUUGUCAAGGUCUGCUCUAAAGUUUUUCAAGUAGCCAGCAGGAAUUUUAGAAAUGGAAAUCCCAUGAAAAAUUUUAUGUGGAAAAACCCACAUUUCUGAUUUUGUUUUUUGGGCGAUGGAAGAUUAACAGAAAUCCAAAGGGACUAUUUCUCAUAAACUGCCACUAGGAGAGAGGAUCUAAACUUAUGGCCUCUUGAUGACCAAAGUCUAGAUACAGGAAUAGGCAAAAAUACAAAUAAUAGUUGUGAGAUUUUUUUCAGAGUUUCUGUGGCAAUUUUAUUGCCUUGCAUAUGAAUGUGACCCUUGAGCAAGUCUACUACAGACAUUCAUAACUUUGCUUAAAAUGAUUAUUUUAAAAGUUCAUUUGCAUAUUUAAAUAAACAAAAGCUUUAUCUGAAGAAAGCUAUUAUGAAGGCUUUAAUUCCCCCUCCCCCACUUGAUUCAGGGAAAAUGUAAUUAAUUCCCUUUCUUGCCAAAGUUUGGAUUUUUUGGGUUGUUUGUUACUGUUUUCCUACCCAGAAUGAUGGAAAGCCAAGUGCCCACACUACUUCUCUCAGCAUCUAAAAAAUCUGAGCAUGGUACUCCGUUGUGGCUCAUAAAUCAUCUGGCUAGUAUAAAAUACCUUUCUAAAUCAGGAGAGGAAUGGAAUGUAGGCUCUAUUGUUGAUGAAAGUUGUGGACAGAGGCAUUUGUUUGUUUACGUUGUACCGCUUUAUUUUAAAAUCCUUAUACUAUAAGGUAAACUAUGGUGUAUUGGUCUCUGUGAUUUUUCUUCUCAUAAAAUAUAUGUGCAAGAGAUUGGAAAACACUGAAUUCAUAAAUCUAGUUUUUUAAGGAAAACAUGGUGAUGUAUUUAAAAUUCAGAUAUUCAUUGUUUAUUCAGUAUACUGUAUGUUCUGUGCCCUUAAAAGUAAAUGUUUUGAAAAUAAACUAACAUUGUUACAUGUGAUAUUCUAGAUCAAAGUUGUGUGAAAUGUGUUAAAGGUUCUUUUAAGAUAAAUUGUGUAUAACUCAGUGGUUUUAAUGUGCUUUUAAUUAGCUCUAGGCUAGAAAGUAGUUCUAGAAUGUAAGUAUGUAUAAUUAGGAAUUCUAAUUUCACUGUGAGAUCUCCAAACUCUUGUUGGCAAAAUAGCUUUUCUUUCCUACAGAGCAGUUUUGGGGGGUAUUGCUUUAAAAGCAAAUGCUUUAUUUUUGUUCCAGUUUUAUGUAAUAUACAAUAUGUUACGUAGUGACAUCUGGUGACACUUCUUUUCCAUAACAUUUAUCAGCUUCACUGGGCAAAGUCAGACACUGAGCAAAUAUGGUGAUGACAUAUGACAAUUCUGUGUGUCUAAAUAUGUGCUUUUAAAUGAGGUGGAUAUAAAAAUAGUUGCUGUGCAAAAAAAAUAGUAGUCUUCUUCAAGAAGAAAGCAAAUUCUUUUCUAAUACUGCUAGAGAAAUCUUUUGUUUAUCCUCUUAGUUUUUAAGUACAGUGUUGAUGUGAUGCUGCUUUUACCUUGUAUCUUUUUAAAUAAAAGUAUUAUACAUGGUUUUUAGAUAUGCAAAGUGUGUGUUCUGCUUUUGUUGCUGUUGUACUUUAUGCCGUGUUUGUAAUUCAAUGAAUUGCUUUGGUUUUUUGAGAGACCUUAACAGCUAAAAGAUAUUGCAAAGACCAAAUGAUAUUGUGCAGCAUGUCAGAUCUUUAAACUCCACUCAAACAUUGAGCUGUAGCCAAAAGCACCAUUGAAAUCCAAUGAGAUGAGUUAGUGACUGUCAAGUCCAUUAAUUUGAAUGGAAUUUUGUCAUUGCUAACGUUCUUUGGCUACAACCCAUUUAAAAGAAAUUGAAACCAAUGAACUGACUUGCAUAAAUGAACUGACUUGAUUCCAGAGCUAGUCUCUAGUCAAGUUAAAUUAAAAAUGUCAGUGAUUUGAUAAGAAAGUACAGUCAUCUCUUGCUAACCACAGUUUUACCAACCACGGUUUUGAACAUAUGUGAAUGGGAAAUUGUGACAGGUCUUGCCAACCGAAUGUCUAUGGUUGGUAGGGUGGCUUUUUUUAGUGAUUUGGGUUUCAGCUAUUUUGGGGGUUCAGAGGUUUGAUCUGUUCAUUCCUCUUGGUGACCCUUGCUGUCCCUGAAUACCAGUUUUGGAGUAACAGAUGUGUCUGAAUACCAGUUGCAGGGGAAUAACAGCAGGAGAGAGGGCAUGCCCUCAACCCCUGCCUGUAGGCUCCCAGUGGCAGCUGGUGGGCCACUGUAUGAAACAGGAUGCUGGACUAGAUAGGCCUUGGGCCUGAUCCAGCAGGGCUGUUCUUAUGUCCCCUGCAAAUUUAAAAUGCCUUUGAGUGAUUUUGGUGGGUUAAAAUUUUUUCAAGAGGUUCGAUAUGCUCAUUCGUCUUGGUGACUCUUGGUGAUAUUACACAAUUUUUAGUGAUUUUUUUUUAAAAAAGCAUUUUUUUUGUAUUUUCCCUUUAUUUUUAGGUCUUUUUGUGGUCAUGGUUCCCCUAAAUCUCUGUUUCUCAUACACUUUAAUGCCUCACCAACUGCGAAUUUGCCAACGAGAUUUUGCUAGAACGGUACCCUAGCAGUUGGCGAGAGAUGACUGUAAACCUUAUUUGAAGCUGCUUAUAGUAGGAAUAUAGGUUUAGAAGUUUUAAGAAAACUAAUAUAUAUGAAUUGUACAUUGCUACUGUCAAUAACUACAGAUUUGUCAUAGAAAGAAUGAUCUAGUGUAUAGAAUAUUGCUAUGACUAUAGUGAAUUCUAAUGCAAAACUCAGUUUUCAUUGCUAUCCCUAUGUAUAUUGUUUGUUAUACUAUGUGCCUAUAAUUUUUUGCCUCCUACAUUAGUCUUCAGAAUAAAACUCUUAUUAGAGUAUUUGGAUAAUUACAACUGUAUUUCUUGCAGUUUACAUUCCUUUUGGAUAUGGAAUUUUGUCUGUCAAAGUUAUUUUAUGGAAAUGUUUAAACUUCUGUACAAAGUUUCAAUAAAAGUGCAAAAACUCUACACA